CAUGUUAUAUAGAAUGCCUUCAAUACGUAUGGUAAUCAGUUACAGUCCAAGUCGGACUCGCUUGACGUUCCAACGUUGAUGAUCAUUGAUUCAAUCUCCGAGCUAGAGAUUUUCAUGCGUCCAGUUUGCUUUGUUUUACUUCUGCUCCCAUCAAUUUACGCUAGCAUGACAAAUCUUCUUCCUGGAUUAGAGAGACUAUCAUUGAGUCGAAGUAAUGUACGGAUAGGGUUCAUAGUUACACAGUCCAAACAAGAAUGCUUUUUAAAGCACUGCUCGCUAUCCCAGUCUUGUCUGCUGACUCUGAAAACCACAUAUAUAUUCUCAGAUCACAUCUUUCUCCCGCUGAUGACUUCAUACAUCCGUAUUUAUCAUGAUAUUCUUGUGCUGCCCUUGGCACCGCAAUCCUUCAAGACUCACCAGACUUCGUCGUUUCAUGGGAAUGUCAACAUCUAGCUGUCCCGCCGUGCCACGUUCAGACAGCUACAGCAAGAUGCGCCUUCAUAAAGUUACUACAUUUCUCUCAGACUCUAC